GAUCGUUCUCCCAUAAGCCAUGUCCACCCCAGUCCGACGUUCCCAAAGACGUCACAAAUUAGGUGGGGCAUGGCUUUCACCCAGAUAAUAUAUAUAGUCUGUUUCUGCUUUCUAUUACCCUAAAGUCUCUUCCCAUUCCCUCUACUAUCAACAUGGUUGUCGGCAUUAUUGAAAGUCGCUGUGUCCUUGUCCUUGGUGCUACGUCUGGAAUCGGGCGAAGUCUCGCUCUUGCGCUCCAUGACCUGCCAUCUAAGCCUACCGUCAUCGUAGGCGGUCGUCGCCAAGAGAGGCUGGACGAGUUGGCGAAGACCUCCGACAGAAUUAAGGGUGUACAGGUCGACGUGACCGCCGGUAGAGAAGCACUCAGGGGGUUCGUCAAAGACACUCUUGCCACUUAUCCAGAUUUGGAUGCAGUCAUAUUCUCGUCCGGUAUCCAGCUUGAGUUUGACUUCAAUCAUCCGGAGCAAGUCGACCUUGAUGCGCUUGAAAAUGAGCUUACUACCAACUACACUUCAAUUGUUACGCUCAUCACGCUCUUCCUGCCUCAUUUCCUGAAGUUGAAUGAACAAGGCCGCCCUUCUUUUAUCAUACCCGUCAGUUCUGCAUUGAGUAUUGUUCCAGCUCCAUGGGUCCCGAACUAUGCUGCGACGAAGGCGGCUAUACAUAGUUUAUCCAUUUCAUUGGGUGCCCAAUUCAGAGAAACAAACAUCCGUGUGUUGGAGGUCAUACCGCCCCUGGUUGAGUCAGAGCUGCAUGACCGUGAGUCUCAGCUCGAAUUUGAUGAUGUCCCAAGACUGAGUUCUUUCCUCAACAGAUCAGGGUACUACUCCUGCUUUAAGCAGGGUCUGGAUGCCCUUAUCUGAGUUCACAGAGAAAGCCAUGGCUGGGCUUGUCAAAGGCAAUUCUCAGAUUCCUGUUGGCUUUGCAGCUGCAAACUGGGAGGUGUUUGAGAAGGGAAAAGAGGAGAAAGCUCUUCAGAGUUACCAGCAUACCUUGCAAUUGCACAAAGAGUUAAAGUAGAAUAUUCCAGUUGUAUGAUACAAAAUUAAUAGGUGGAAAGCAAGCAAAUAGCAAGAUAGUACAGUUAUUCUAAAGGCCGGUUCAAUACAAUUACAACAAGAAAACAAGCAAUGAAUCCCAGA